GAUAAGGGACCGUUAGGGCCGCUGUUCAGACCCCUGCCUUGACCAAAGCAGGCUGCUGGCUGGUGGUGGCGAGUUCCUGAAUGUGCUUUAGCCCUGGCUGUGUCGGGAGCCAGGGCCUCCUCCAGUCACAGAGAAGGGCGUUUACACCCGCAUUUUCGUGGGGUUCUCAGUGGGAUCUGUGACCCACAGAGGUUCAGAAGGGCCUUCCUGGGAUACAGCAGGGUCUGGCCAAGCCUGAGGGGUGGGGACGGGGCCACUCCCACAGCCCUAGUUCCAGAUGGUCACAGGAGCGCUGGCCUCCCUGAGCCCCCACCAAGCUUUCCCAGGAGGAGGACACCCUGGGGCCACCUUUCAUCUGGCUACGGAGGACACAGGAGUGUCGGGCUGGAUGUGGGGAGCAUGUGCAGCCUGGGCAGCCGCCUGAGGCUCUCCUUCCACCCCCCUGCCGCCCACAGCACCUCCCGAUGACUGGAUUCUGGAGUCAGAGUUUGGGUGACCACACCCUGAAUCUCCGGCCUGUGAAACCGUGAGGGGAUUUGGCCAAGACGUUCUCUUCCUUCUGCCUCCCACCCAGCAACUCUUCACCUCCACCAUGAGCCUGGACAUCCAGUGUGAGCAGCUGAGUGACGCUAGGUGGGCCGAGCUCCUCCCCCUGCUCCAGCAGUGCCAAGUGGUCAGGCUGGACGACUGUGGCCUCACAGAGGCACGGUGCGGCGACAUCAGCUCGGCACUCCGAGUCAACCCUGCACUGACAGAACUCAGCCUGCGCAGCAAUGAGCUGGGUGAUGCCGGCGUGCACUGCGUGCUCCAGGGCCUGCAGAGCCCCUCCUGCAAGAUCCAGAAGCUGAGCCUCCAGAACUGCUACCUGACGGGGGCCGGCUGCGGGGUCCUGUCCGGCACACUACGCUCCCUGCCCACGCUGCAGGAGCUGCACCUCAGCGACAACCUCUUGGGGGAUGCGGGCCUGCAGCUGCUCUGCGAGGGACUCCUGGACCCCCAGUGCCGCCUGGAAAAGCUGCAGCUUGAGUAUUGCAACCUCUCGGCUGCCAGCUGCGAGCCCCUGGCCUCCGUGCUCAGGGCCAAGCCGGACUUCAAGGAGCUCACGGUUAGCAACAACGACAUCAAUGAGGCCGGCGUCCGUGUGCUGUGCCAGGGCCUGAAGGAUUCCCCCUGCCAGCUGGAGGCGCUCAGGCUGGAGAGCUGUGGUAUCACGUCAAACAACUGCCGGGACCUGUGCAGCAUCGUGGCCUCCAAGGCCUCGCUGCGGGAGCUGGCCCUGGGCAGCAACAAGCUGGGUGAUGUGGGCAUUGCAGAGCUGUGCCCAGGGCUGCUGCACCCCAGCUCCAGCCUCAGGACCCUGUGGAUCUGGGAGUGUGGCAUCACCGCCAAGGGCUGCGCGGAUCUGUGCCGUGUCCUCAGGACCAAGGAGAGCCUGAAGGAGCUCAGCCUGGCUGGCAACGAGCUGGGGGACGAGGGUGCCCGGCUGCUGUGUGAGACGCUGCUGGAGCCCGGCUGCCAGCUGGAGUCACUGUGGGUGAAGUCCUGCAGCUUCACAGCCGCCUGCUGCUCCCACUUCAGCUCGGUGCUGACCCAGAAUAAGUUUCUCCUGGAGCUGCAGAUGAGCAACAACAGGCUGGGGGACGCGGGCGUGCAGGAACUCUGCAAGGGCUUGGGCCAGCCCGGCUCCGUGCUGCGGGUGCUCUGGCUUGGCGACUGUGAUAUGAGUGACAGCAGCUGCAGCAGCCUUGCCGCGACCCUGUUGGCUAACCAUAGCCUGCGCGAGCUGGACCUCAGCAACAACUGCCUGGGGGACGCCGGCGUCCUGCAGCUGGUGGAGAGUGUCCGGCAGCCGGGCUGCCUCCUGGAGCAGCUGGUCCUGUACGACAUUUACUGGUCCGAGGCGAUGGAGGACCGGCUGCAGGCCCUGGAGGAGGAGAAGCCAUCCCUGAGGGUCAUCUCCUGAGGCGCUUCCUGCCGCUGCUCUCCCUGGACGACCGGCUUCGUGGCACCCCUGGGGCUGACCAGCCCCUGCCAUGUCCUCGCCCUGCAUAUCCUAGGUUUGAAGAGAAACGCUCAGAUCCGCUUAUUUUUGCCAGUAUAUUUUGGACACUUUAUAAACCAUUAAAGCACUUUCUUGGCAGGA